CAGCUGGAGCUACAGUAAGCAGAAGCAAUGGCUGUGGAGGAAGAGAAAGGUCUCCUAGGCACCAGCCAAGGAUGGAAGAUAGAGCUGAAAGACUUUCAGGAGAAUUAUAUGCCCAGCACCUGGCCCAAGGUGACGCACCUGCUGUAUGAGAUCAGGUGGGGUAAAGGAUCCAAGGUGUGGAGAAACUGGUGCUCAAACACACUCACCCAACAUGCUGAAGUCAACUGCUUGGAAAAUGCCUUUGGGAAGCUACAGUUCAAUCCUCCUGUGCCCUGCCAUAUCACCUGGUUCCUGUCCUGGAGUCCCUGCUGCCAAUGCUGUAGAAGGAUCCUGCAGUUUUUGCGGGCUCACUCUCAUAUAACCCUGGUGAUCAAGGCAGCCCAGCUGUUCAAGCACAUGGAUGAACGCAACCGACAAGGCCUCCGGGACUUAGUGCAGAGUGGAGUUCAUGUGCAAGUUAUGGAUCUACCAGAUUACAGGUACUGCUGGAGAACAUUUGUCUCACAUCCACAUGAAGGAGAAGGUGAUUUUUGGCCUUGGUUUUUCCCUCUAUGGAUCACUUUCUAUACCCUGGAACUCCAGCAUAUUCUGUUGCAGCAACAUGCUCUCAGCUACAACUUGUGAGUCACAUAUAUGCAAAUGCUUCUGCAAGAAGUCUCUGAGGUGUCCAGCUUCCAUAUGGCAGCUCUGAGUAACAAACCAGGCACUGACAUCUAUUGACAAGCUUCCCCGUACCACCAGCCAGUCACUGCUAGACCACAAGCCAGCACCUGAGGACAUGGAAAAAUAAUUUUCAUGAUGUUCUGUAAAAGCAACCAAACCACAUAUAUCAGCAUCUUCAGCCUUCAGAAAGUGACACUGCGCUGGAAGUCACCUCACCAGCCCUACAAGUCCUUUGAAUAAGGAUUGGGACCAGGGAUGGAUCUCUUUUCUAUUGUUGGCAGUGGCUUUCUACAUGCUACCUUGGGGAAGCAGACAGUGGUACAUAUUCCACCUUGGGCCAUUCCAGGUAUCAACUAGUAGCAAGUUCUUUGCAACAGGAAGCUCCUAAGAAAAUCAUUUUUAUAUGUGCUGGCAUUUCAGAGACUCUUUCCUACUAUAUGUUAUGCAAGCUCAUUUUUCUACCCCUGGGUUUUUAAGAUUUAUUGUCCACACUGGUUGAAACCUGCAAAACAUUUGCGAUUAAAUUUUUAUUGGAAAAGUGUUUCUUUAAAUAAAGGAUUUUUAGUUA